UGCCAUAACAGUAGUUUUGCAGUUUUUGAAGAGCAGAAAUGCGAAGGGUAUUUGUGUAUGAAUAGAUAAGGUAAAAAAUGGUAAUCAAAAAUGACAACUAGAUCCUUAAUCUCAUCCGCGCUUCCUCUUCUCCUUGUUCGUCCUCAAAAUCUCACCAGGUUCAGGCAUUUAUCGUUCCUUGAUACAAAUGCUCAAUCUCAGCACCCAAAACCAGUAUUUGUUGGAACAAGAAAACAUGGAUUACAAUCGAAUUUUAGGAUUAUGUCAAUGUCGAGUGCUGCAAGUGAAUCAGAAAGUAGGGUUCCUAAAUCUGUACAUGUUAGCGUAGCUCAUGAACUUGUCCAAGCGGCGCACCGGUACUUGGACGUCAGAACUUCCGAAGAAUUUGCUGCAGGACAUCCUCCAGGGGCUGUAAAUGUUCCAUAUUUGUUCAGAAUGGGAGCCGGGAUGGCGAAGAAUCCUAAUUUCUUGGAAGAAGUACCGAAACAUUUCGGUGAGGAUGCUGAGAUUGUAGUGGGAUGUCAGAAAGGAAUGAGAUCCCUUAAGGCUGUUGCUGAUCUUUCAAAUGCUGGUUUCAGCGGUGUAAUUGAUGUAGCUGGUGGAUACGCAGAAUGGACUGCGAAUGGACUUCCCACUGAGUAAAUGAUUGGCAAAGACUUGCUCAAAUGAACACCGAAUUUUUGGCAAAGAAUAAGGAAAGAUGAUGUGCAAGAAAAAUUAUAAUUUGAAUCUGAGGAAGAGAUUAAAUACAAUGAUAAUCUUACUUCAGUAGUUCAGUUUCCAAAUAGUUAUUCUAAAUCAUGUAUGUAUAAGAUGUACAAAAAUUGAGAUGCAUCAGCUUUGGCAAAGCACCUGCAAACAUGGGUUACACCUCCA